GGAGGGCGGUGGCGUCAUCACCGAGCGCCGGUCGCGCCGCAGUGCGGAGCGUGGCGGACCAGAGCAGGCGAGAUGUUGAGCCGGCUUCAGGAGCUGCGCAAGGAGGAGGAAACGUUGCUCAGAUUAAAGGCGGCCCUUCACGACCAGCUAAACCGUCUCAAGGUUGAAGAAAUGGCCCUCCAAUCAAUGAUUAGUUCUGCAAGAGGAGAUGAGAUGGUGUCUUCUCAACUGCCACCUGAACAGUCACAUGAUCAGGCGCUGGUGCAUGUAGACAAUGAAGCAUCAAUCAACCAAACUGCACUGGAGUUGAGCACAAGGAGCCAUGUGCCAGAAGAGGAGGAAGAAGAAGAAGAAUCAGAUUCCUGAAGGGGGCAAAGAGCCAGGGUUAGUUUUAUAAAUUACACUUCUAAGUCUCAACAACUUUAUCUCUUUAAAGAGUUCUUCUUGCCAUGGGGCCUAUGGCUUUAAAUGGAAGAAUGAACUUGAGGAGGAUGUGUAGUUGUAAAAAUGGUUUCAUCAGUAACUCAGUUUUCAGAAUGCUUUAACACAUAUCAGUGACAUCAGAAAGAAAACAUGCUGUGUCUUAGCGCUGACUAAUAUGGUGAUGCUCUGUCUUUAUUCUGCUCAGAUUCAGUAAUUGUGUUCAAAAUAGAAAAUACUUUUGAAAUGCUAUUGAGAAAGUCUAGCAUUUGCCAAAGAGAGCAGAAUUUAAAUACAAGCCCUUCCAAUCAACAGUGCCUCUUCUAAGAAAACCAGUUAAGAGCUAUAUACAUGCCAGUGAACCCUAGUGCACAGGGCAUGGCCAGUCAGGAAAAAAUGACAAGGACAGAGUCAUUUGAGAGCGCACGGUGUCACCGCUCACUGACGUCAAAAUAUACUGUCCCCUGUAGACUACUUUUUGUGUGGCUGUUAGCACUUCUAGGUUGAGACAUCAUAUGGGAAAAUAUGCUUAGAAGUAAAUUAUAAAUAGCUAUCACACAGCUUGCUGGUUUUUCAGGCAGCAGCAGAGAAAGGAUUUUUCUCCUCUGGGGAAAACUAGAGCAGGAUGGUUAAAAACCCAUUUCUGAACUUAAGAGAAGUGUACCACUAAAGAGAAACUAUGCUUGGGAGAGUUUUGAAUUUUAUAAUAAAAGUGAUGACAAUUACAGAAUAUGAGUUGGUAAAACUUGGUAUUUGAAGUUUGAAUUCAUUUCUGCAUACUGUCCCUUUUUUCCUGAAUAUACAGUUAAGUAGUUGCUAAUUUCAUAAAAGUAAUUUGCCCUGCCCAAGCAACAGGGAACCAAAACACAAAGAACCUCCUCAAGCAGACCUUAUGUAACUGUUCCAGAAGAGAACAUGGAUAUAUUUGUUAAUCAACAUUUCAUAAAGUUAUUUUGAGCUAUUCUUACAGGAAGGAGCAGAAGUUUAAAUGAGCAUGUUUCUUGGAAAACAAUGUGAGGAGUUUUGCAGUGAACAGUGUCAAGGUAUACAUUUGGAGGGUCUAAUUUAAAAUAUGAGCUUGGGUUUUUAAAAGCCAGAAAUAAUUGGCUAUUAAUUCUAGUUCUACUAUUAACUGGUUGCUUGCCUUUUCUCACCUCUUUGCAACUCUCACUUUCCCAUCUGUAAAACGAGGGCUUAUUCAUAUCUGCUCUAGCAGUUUCACAGGUUAUUGUGAGGUGCUAAUGAGAUAUCAUUUAGAAAUCCAACUAUUAUUGGUGUCUCAGUAAGAGGACAUUUGAGGAUGGAAUUUGGCAUGGGGGAUGGAAAACACAACAAAACUGAUUUAGGGAACAUCAUUCUUGAGAACUCAAUCAUCCUUGGUAAAAAUUACUGGGAAAAAUCUUAUGACUCUCAAUAUGUAACGCCUUUGGAUGUGAAUAGAAAUUUAAAACACCCUCCCGAAGACACUGAGCACAAAAGCAUUCACAUUCAGGUUUUAGACUCUAGGUUAUAUCAUUUCUUCCUCCUAAGAUGUGUUUUGCAUGUUUCAAUGAGACAUUCUCAGUUGUGGUAGCUUUCUCUCUAUUAUAAAGAGACAGGUUUUGAGAAAGAUGUGGGAAUCUUAAAAUUUGGCCUGAAUGUUUUUAUGUUGAAAACAUAAAUUAGACUGGUGACUUAGAACAUGUUAAACCUGGCAGUAAGAAAAAAUAGUUGGCUAGCUGAGGCAGCAGUGUAAACACUAACUGCUUUGUAAAGUCCUGGCUGUGCCCCAACCUCUGGUCGAGCCAGAGUGAAACUACCUGCUCUGGACAUUUGCCCAAGUUUUGUUUUUUAUUUGAAAACUAAACAGGCCUUUAAUUUUUUUUUA